GCCGACGGCAAGCUCCAUGGCGACCAGCCGAUGCCCUACACGCCCAGCGGCGGCAUCGGCACUAACGGCUCGGACCCCAUCUACAAGGUAGCCAGCGACUUUGAUUACCAGUCUCUCGCGCUGGCGCUUUACCACGAGUGGAUCGAGCUCGACCUGUUCCACUGGGGACUGGCGACCUUCUCGGAUGAGGAAUUCGAGGCGUACGGCAUCACGGGCGAGGACCGCCACCUGCUGCAGCACAUGGCCGACCAGGAGAUCGGGCACGCGUCCGUCGUGGCCAACAUGCUCGGCCCCAGCGCGCCCAAGCAGUGCACGUACAACUACCCGGUGUCCAACGUGCGCGAGUACAUCGACUUCAACCAGAAGCUCACCCGCUGGGCCGAGGCGGGCGUGUACGGCUUCCUGCCGCACCUCAACUCGGGCCCGGCCGCCAACAUGCUGCUCCAGAGCAUCACGGUCGAGGCCCGGCAGCAGCUCAUCUUCCGCCAGUUCGGCGGCCAGUUCCCCAUGCCCGAGUGGCACACCCCGGGCAUCCCGCAGAGCUGGGCCUGGACCCUCCUGGCCCCCUACAUCAGCUCCUGCCCGCACAACCAGACGCGCCUGGUCUGGCAGAACUUCCCGGCCCUGCACAUCCUCAACCAGCCCAACCCGGCCCGCAUCGACGGCUCCGCCGUGUGGGGCGAGACCACGGGCGGGUACGCCAACACGCUCUCGACCGAGGGCAUCCCCGAGGACGAGCUCUGCGUCAACGCGACCGACGACGAGCUGUCGGACUGCCCGGCCGCCAUCUCGCAGAACCGGUCGAUCCCGCUCUCGUACCCGGGCCGCGAGGUGUUCCUCCGCUGGGACGCGCCCGGGCAGCUGGUGGGCCCCAACAACAGCUACGUGACGACGACGAGCGCGGCCGAGCCCAGGUUCGCCGCCUGGCUGUCCCAGCUCAACGUCACCUACACGCCCCUGCUCGGCGUCAGCCUCGAGCACCGCACCGCCUACACCAUCCAGCCCAACGUCUCGACCUGGAAGAACGACCCGGCCGUCAACGGCACCAUGUUCCUCGCCCUGACCGACGUCGACCUGUACGUCACGCCCUACAACGUCUCCAUGAUCAACCCGCACGUUGCCGCCCUGGCCGUGUACCAGGCCGGUUGAUUAAUCUAGGUUUCUUUCGUCGUUUCGGUAGAGGAGGAGAGUGGUUUAUGGAAAAGAUUCGGGAAUGAUGAACGAGGAGACGAAAAGACGGAGCGUACCAAGGGGCGCCAGCGGUGUGCUCAUUUGUAUAAUUGACGUGACUCUAGCCAACGAGUGUGGCU